AAGCCGUACGGAGUUUGCGCCAGAGCACUCUGGCCAAGCGUUCGAAUGCUUCGCCUCCUGUCAGCACCAAGAAAUCCUCUGUAAAAAGCGGAUCUGCUCCGAAAACUGGGCAGAAGCAAGAGAGAAGUCCCACUAAAGAGGGAGAUGCUGCUGCACCCUCGAAAACGGAACAGUCCAGAGAAGUGAGGCGCAGCACAAGGCUAUCGGGACAGGCAGAAGGAACGGCAGCAGCAGCAUCCCAAAGUAAUACAAAACGUCUUCCUGGUCCUGAAGAGGGGGAUGAGAUCAAGUCUGAAACCCUCGGGCAGACAAAACUGGAGGAAACAUCACAGGAGUUAAGUUGUGGGGAUUUAGCAGGAGCUUGUUCUUCUCCUGGAGGAACAACAGAAACGGCCGUGGUUGCAACGAAGGCCGAAUGUGGGGAUGCUGGGUCGGUUUGUUCGGUAUCUACAGACACCGAAAUUACAGCUGUUAAAAAUGAUGAUAAUGUGAUCGAUUCGAUGGACUCUUCAGAAACUUCUUCAGGAGAAAAGACUGAAAAUAAACUGGAGAAAUCGGAGGAGAAAACAGAGGAGCCUGAUCAAAGUGGAGUAACGGGAAAAGCGAGCGAUCCCUCCAGUGUUUGUGUGAUUCCGAGUGAAAUCUGUCAGGCCCUUUCCAGUUUGGCCAGCUCUGUAGAGGAGGAGGUUGAUUGUAGUUUAGGUUCCCACAGUGUGGAAAUUCCUGGUGAAAACACAUCACUGGUAAAGGAUCGCGUAACAGAACCUGGAGAUGAUGAUAUGGAAGUGGAGAAAACUCUAACUUCAUCUGAGAAAGUCUUGGACAGUACAGGUUUGGAUGAUAAAGACUUGAAAAGCGAAGAGUUUACUUCUGCUGACCCCCAAACUAGCAUUUUGGAAAGCUUUGUGCUUGACCAACCAAGCCAAAACGUACAGGAGCAGCUCAGCAGUGCUAAAGUAGAGGGCCUUGAGGGACCAAAAUCUCAGGACGAUGAGAAACAAAUGAGCGUUUCAUCCAAGUGUGAGAAGAACGUUAGGCCCCGGCACAGUAAAUCUAUAAUACAGAAUAAGCAAAAUACGACUCCGGGUAGCCGACAGAAAUCUGGUGUGGUGCAACAAGAGGUAACGCGCUCGAGAACGAGAGCUGGUCUUGGUGUUUCGGGUCUUCACAGCCAGGCUUCAACGAGUCUGAAGAGGAAUGCGGAUGAGCAAGAGAGUCCUCAGCGCCCCAACAACCCCGUCAAAAUUAGGAAGAAACAACCCGAUCUGGGUUUGAAAGCAAAGAGCUGCGUUUCAGGGGGACCGGUGAAAAAGCAGAGCAAUACCUUGCUGAAGAAAAUCCCUCGAGUUGUGGCUUCUGGGCAGGUGCAGAAAUCAGCGAUUCAAAGGGCGAGUGAGGUAUCUCCUAAAGAGAUAUCAGGGCACGCUUCAAACCUCGCUCAGAAGCAAGGCCAGGGUCAGAAACUUCCCACUUUGCUCAAAAGCAGCUCUGCCAAAGACGAGGCGGAGGCAAAAGAUCACCCUGGUGUGGAGCAUCUGAAAGAGGAUGAGAAGGAAAAGACCAAAUCGAAACGGGUUGACAGGAACCUCCAGCCACGCCAGAGACGGAGCAGCAAAAGCCUUUCCCUGGACGAGCCUCCGCUCUUCAUUCCCGAUAACAUCGCCACGGUGAAGCGGGAAGGCGCAGAGCAUCCCUCUGCCCCCGAGAGCAGAAGUGUUUGGGUGCCCAACAAGCAGUGUGGCUUCUGCAAAAAGCCGCAUGGCAACAGGUGC